AAUGGCUAUCAGAAACAGAUUGUUCUAGGCAUUUAAUACCGUCCAUAGGUAUAUUACUUAGAAAAUAUUAGAAUUUUUAACGUCGAGGCCAAAUUCUUACCAUACACCUGCACAACUAGAAAUGAAGCCUUAGUAAAUAAUCAUACCAAACAUCAAACCUAUUUACAGUAAUAUUUUUUGUCAGGAUUAGCUUUUCUAAAAAAGAUUAGAAUCUCUAAAAUAUCACUAGAUCCACAUUAGAUGAAUUCUAAAAAAUGGAAUUUAAUGUCAUUACUUAAUUUUAGAGAAAAGGACUAAGUAUAAUUACAUAUGUUAUAAUAGAUGAUCAACAUGUGGACCCACAUUAAAUCAUAUACUAGUUGGAUAGAAUUGAAGUCUUAAGAAAAUUAAAGUAGAUAUUUUUAUUAACUUCUAGAGUCUUGGAAUAGAAUGCAGGAUCAUUUCCAAAAGAUGAAGCUCAAUGCUUAAAACUAAUUGCUAAAGUCCAUCUAGAAGAACCUAAGUAAAGCAAAAUUAUAACCAUUAGCGCUUAAGAAAACUUAGAUAAAUUUAUUGAGGCUAAUCCACAAUGUAGAAGAUUGUUAUACCUUGGAUAAAUUUGAGC